AUUCUGCCUCACAGAAUAAAGAGGUCUUCAGCAGUUGUCAUGCCUCUGAGAUGUGGUCUAAAUAUAGUCAGUUAUUAAUAGACUCUCCUAACAGACUGGGCUUCACUCUUCCUCUGCUCCGACAAAACCACACAACUCUGUGAGGAGGGAGAUCGCUUUUUACACUUUGACAGGUGAGUUUACAGAGGACAAAACAAGAGACUGAAACUAUCUGAACCAACCUUUUUGAGAGUAAUAAGAACUAAGAGAACACAUCCUGACUGUUGCUGAUCAACUGAGGUUUAAAAGCUGCAGGGCAGAGGACUGAAAGUUGUAUUUUAAGACUGUCUUGGCUGAGCAGACAUUUGUGAACACUUUGAACUUAAGGAUAACAUUGGGCCAAGUUGUGUCUUCCUGCUCUUUCUUCUCAUAUUUUCCAUUAAGAAAUGUCCAAGAUUCAGCUUUUUGGAGAAAAAAAAAAAAUUCAAGCAUGAUUUCUCCUUUAAUUAUUUUGAAAGUUAAACAAUUUUGGUUCGUGACAGUUGAGUUGCAGGUUUCUUUAACGUUACUUACUUCAAUCAAUAAAAACAGACACUUUUUAUACAUUGUACUAUAAAUUUAUUCAGUCACAAAUGAAACUAUGAGUGGUUUAAAGUAUACUUCUCCAGACUAACCUUUUUAAAGAAAUAUCAGGGAAAUCGAUUUUACAAGCAAGACUUAUUUUUUCAAACUUAUUUUCACUUUAUUUAACCAUGAUCACCGGACAAAUAAAUAUCUCCUCAAUGAAAACAUGUGAUCCACAACAAAAUGACUUAAUUUGCAGCGUUCGGUGAGUCCACUGUACCACUGUGCUUCAAAGCAAACAAAGGUUCCUUAUUUGAUCCCUGGCUGGUCAGAAGUCUUCCUGUGUGGACUUUGCAUACUCUCCUCUUGCAUGUUUGGGUCCUCUGGUGUUGCUCCUGCUUCCCCCCACAGUCCAAAGACAUGCUGGUUAAGAAGAAGAAGAAGAACUAUAUUGAUCCCUGAAGGAAAAUUCAAUUGUCUGUGGUCCCACGUAAUAUGUCUAUAAAAGUUAUCUAUUAUUUACAUAAGAGUUAUAAACGCUGAUGGCUGUUGGUACAAAAGAUCUUAAUAAUAAUAAUAAUACAUUUUAUUUAAAAGCGCCUUUCUGAGCACCCAAGGACACUGUACAGGGCAUAAAAACACAGCUAGAAACAUAAUUAAAAUAAAUAAAAACAACAUACAAGUGUGAAAGUAGACAGUUAAAGUGAAUAUGCGAUUUGGAAUAGGUGUGUAAAUAUUUCUGUCCUGCAGCGAAGAGAGAGAAGCUGUCCACCACCAUUUUCCCUUUGGUCCAUCAAGCUGUUGUGAAGUGGGUGAUCCAUGUUCUUGAGAAUAGUCUCCACCUUCCUCAGUGUAGAACUCUCCACCACAUCCUCCACUGAGUCCAGCUUGAGUCCGACCACUGAGCCAGCCUUUUUCACCAGUUUGUUAAGACGUCUUGCAUCUUUGUGUUUGUUGCUUCCUCCCCAGCAGACUGCAGCAUAGAACAGCACACUUGCCACCACAGACUGAUAAAACAUCUGCAGCAUCUUACUACAGAUGUCUAUUGAUCGGAGCCUUCUCAGGCAAAAAAGGCGGCUCUGCCCCUUUCUGUAGAUGUAGUCUAUUAGGCUAUAUAGACUAUAUAGGCUAAAGUCUAUAUAGUCUAUUAGGCUACAUAUUAACUUUUUAAUAGAUGUAAAUGUGUGAAUGGAUAAUUGUCUCUGCAUAUUUACUCUUACAUGGACUGCCAAGCCGUCAAGAGUGUAACCUGCUUCUCACCUGGUCACAGCUGGGAUUGGCUCUGUCCCCUGCAGUCAGAUUGGGAUAAACUAAGAAGAUCGCACAUCAUUUUAAUAAUCUUUUAUUGUUGACAAUUGGAAGGAUUCCCCAUUACGAAGUUUCGUUUAUAAUCUGAACAUGGUGCAUAAGUAUGAUCCAGAGAGAAUGCAGGACCAAAAGGAAAAGUUGGUACAUUAGUGGGGGAAAACCUUGAUAUGCUGUCUCACUAAACCCUAAAAUACCAUCUUUUUUUCAUAAACCUACAACACUAUUCUUGUAAAAUCACAGAUUUUUCCUUUUUCAAUUAAUCAUGUGACUCUACUCUGCCUGGUUGUUAAAAAGUAAGUAAAGUGGGGCAUAAGAAUGAGCUCUGGGUCAAACCUGUAACAUUAAAAGACUGGGUCAGUAAGCAGAUUAAGUCUGAGGUGACUGCUAAGGCCUCUGUUUCUCUCUCUCCCCUUAAAGAGUGGGAAAUAUUUACUCUUUCUAUUCAGCAGCUUUAAUUUGAGCUCUUUUAUUCUGUGUUUUUCUGAGCAGAAUGGGGGACAUCCAGCAGUUUGAGCAAGACUUCUACCAGACCAGGUACUACAUCGAUGAUCAGGGUCAGACUGUGGCUUACUACGACGACUCUGCACACCCUGCUUAUUACGAUGAGUAAGUUCCCAGACUUGCAUCAUGCUACUUAUAUUUACGAUCUCAUGCAAACAUCUGAUAGUUAAAAAUAAACCUCUUUUUCUGAAAUACCCAGUGGCUGGUUUGUUUAGUUUGCACAUGCACGUGCAUGAAGGUAAAAGCAUAAACUGUGAGCAUGUAUAUACAGGAAUCUAGUCAUAUGAUGCACAUCACAAUGACAUUCAUUUCAAUCCAAACAGCUUCAGUUUAUCACAGAUUCUAUCACAUUCAGAUUCAUACGAUUACACUUUAAAAAAAUCUGAACAAAGGUGUUAACUACGCUUAGAUUAUCAUUUAAACAAUCAGCAUUUGUGGAAAAGGAAAUAACUCAGGGUGUUUGUUGACCAAACAAAACAAAAGAGAAGCUGUGUUCACACAAAAUCCUAAAAUUUUUAACAAAUCAGAGCUGCAUGAGGAACAAAUGAAUAGCUGCCAUUAUCCUGGCAAACCUCGUGUUCAAAUUUCUGCAUAAAACCAGGGUUAGUUGAUGUCAAAGUUGUUGAAAUUUUCAGAAGCAUGUGUGUUAAAAUGACUCAAAUCUGCUUUUAACUAGAACUUUUUAAGUCCCUGUCAGUCAGGGUAUUUUGUGUCAUUUACAGUGGAUCACAGGCCUUCAUGCCAGAUGUUCUGGAUCCUUCCAUGGAGCAGGAGUACACUGGACAGUUUUACCAACCCUCAGUGCCAUCUGGGACUCUGGGGGAAACAGGAACAGAUUUUGUAGAGGAGGAACCUCCUCUUCUCGAAGGUAAAGAAAUAUAAUUUCUCUUUAUAAUUAGAAAGCUGACACUUACAGCUUGUAUUUGUUAAUCCAAAAAAAAAAAUCAACAACUAUCAUCUGAUCAUGUGGAGGAAACAUAGUCAUAACCCUCUCACCCUCCUCUCCUAAAGACAGAAUAAAGUAGAAUUCAAAAGGACAUGACUCUGGGACUUCACUUUGUUUUGCAUCCAGAGCUUGGCAUCAACUUUGACCACAUCUGGCAGAAGACGCUGACAGUGCUGAACCCUUUCAAGCCUGCAGAUGGCAGCAUCAUGAACGAGACGGAUCUGACGGGUCCAGUCAUCUUCUGCAUUGCUUUAGGAGUCACUUUAAUGAUGGUUAUUAGCAUAGCACCGUUUAUUUUAACAGAGUGAAUGAUCAUCCUGUAGGAGCAAUAUGCUGCAGUGAGUUUUUAAAACAGACUGUGUGUGUUUCUCUCCUUUAAAGGCGGGUAAAGCUCACUUUGGUUAUGUGUAUGGGACCAGUGCUACAGGCUGCACAGGGAUCUACAUCCUGCUCACUCUGAUGAGCUCUCUGGCCGUGUCUUUCGGCUGUGUGGCCAGUGUCCUGGGCUACUGUCUCCUGCCCAUGGUGGUCCUCUCUGCAUUCGCUGUCUUCUAUUCAUUGCAGUAAGUUUGUUUAGUGCAUGGGGCAGGGGUUAAACACUGGGGGCUCUAAUUAUAUGAUCAGAGAUACACAGUCCAACAUGAAUGACCUGGAGUGAAUUAUGGCGUAGGCCUAUCGGACAGCAUUUUGCAAGUUAAGUGGCCAAGAUUCUGGGCUCUGCAGGGUGCAGAGAGGCUGGAUUAAGCCCCUUGUAUAUUCAGUAUAGUCAGUAGUGAAUUGCAUGUGAGGAUGAAGGCAGUCUGAUUAAAGCUGUGGAUUUGUUAGCUGGUUUCCCUACUCUACUUUUCCAUGUGCAGAAUAUUUCGAGCAGACCCUCAGCUCUCAUAAUGUCCUGAAGGUCUACUGCGGAGACACCCCUUCAGUAGAGCUUUGAAACUGAACAUGCUGUUCAAAAAUCUGCUUCUUUUCUAUCCAUUUCUACUCACGGUGGUUCGUGUCCACUUGCCAUCAACAAAGUCACUGCUCUAUCCCUGAUUUAAAGACCUCUGAGGCAGGAAACAGAGCGAUAACUUAAGGCAUUACAUUGAAUUUGUUUUAACUCAUUAUUGUUAGGUUCACUUUAAAACCCUGGGUUCAAACAGAGAAGUUUGGGCAUAAAAGCAUGAAAUCCAUGUGACUGUAAAAAAAAGUUGUCUUAAAUCAUCGGAAAUAAGGUCCUAACUGUAUUUUUUCUGCAGCUUUCUUGCACAUCAUUGUUGUACUCUGACUUUUUAAAGUGGUUUUAACAAACUGAGCCGAUCAGGGUCAGAUCCCGGAUUCAAAUUUAAUUCAAACAUUUGAUAAAGCCAUCUCCACUUCUUUAAUGCAAUACACGAUACAUGUUUUUGGCUCAAAGGUUCAAAAAACAAGAGACAGAGACACCACAAGGAUUGUCCACUUCCCACAUAUAUCAGUUUGUUUGAAGUAACAAAAGACCAGAUGUCAGGUUUGAAUUCUUGCACUUCAUAAUGGGGACCGACUUUCUCUCUCCCUGUCUCCACAGAGGUGUCCUGGGAACUGUCCUGGCUCUGUUGGGGAUUUGUUGGUGCAGUUUUUCAGCCUCAAAGAUCUUCAGCUCCACCCUGGCAAUGGAGGGUCAGCAGCUGUUGGUGGCUUAUCCCUGCGCUCUGCUGUACGGGCUCUUUGCCCUGCUGACUGUGUUCUAACUAAUAUCACAGAAAAAGAAAAAAAAAAUCAUUAUUCUUAGAAACCUUGAUUUAUUCUAUACGCUUAGGUUAUUUUAAUUCCAGCUGGAUUUAGGUUCCUUUUAUUUACUUGUUUGAAAAAAAAAGUGUUUGUCUUUCGAUUGAAAGGUUCAUGAGCAGAACUACGGACCCAAAAACCUCCAUAUUGUUGAAAGGAAAGCUGGUAAAACAACCUGUUUUUUAUAUAUAACUAUUUACUACAUGUGUUGAUUAUAUCUUUGUUUUAUUUACAUGUUGUUAUCAUUUCAAACUCACGCAGAGACUUUUUAGAGAAUAAAUGACACACCUCUGAGUCUGUUUGAAGGACUCUGAUGGCUCAUCUCUA